UCUUCAGGGGCAUUCAGUCCUGCACGUCCAACCCACGAGCUUCUCACUGCCUCUGCUAAGAUGAUGGCAUCCGUUUUCUCUCAUGGACUCCUCUUGCUAGCUGGCCUAUGCGCUCUGCUUCCCAGAACCCAGACUACAGAUGAUGAAGAUCCCUAUGACCCAAGCAUUGGUAGCUGGCAGUGCCGGAAGGUAGCUUUAACCAUCUGCAAUGUCUCCAUCUCUUUGUUCAAAGAGCUGACCCAGCAGUCAAGAGACGGGAAUAUCUUCUUCUCCCCUAUUAGUGUGGUUGCUUCCAUCUUAACGCUCUCCCUGGGAGCGGAAGGUAAUGACAGCCAACGCAUCCUGGAGGCCCUAAAGCUCAACAAAACAGGCUUGUCAGAAGCUGAGAUCCACAAGUGUUUCCAGUACUUUCUCCGUGCCACCAACCAGCCCGCAGAGAUGUCCCCCAUGAUAAGUGGUAGCAGCGUGUUCAUCCACCAGGGCCUGAAGCUGGUGGAUAAAUCUCUGAAGGGAAUCAAGGACCUAUACGCCUCUGAAGUCAUCUCUACCAACUUCAGAGAGAGCAGUAAGGCCAAGGCACAGAUCAACAAUCAUAUGAUGAAGAAAACCAAGAAGGAAAUCGGGACCAUGGUCAAGGAGCUAAAGAAUGACACAUUCCUCGCUCUGAUGAACUACAUUAUCUGGAAUGGCAAAAUUAUCCGCUACUAUUCAUGUCACUUCCUCAGAAUGGAGGAUUUCCACGUGGACCAUCAGAAGACGAUCAAGGUUCCGAUGAUCAAUAACGUGGGCUUGUUUCAUCUGUUUCGAGUCCGUGAUCUGUCUAGCAUGGUGCUGGUGUACACCAGCCCCCAAGUCAUCCCCUUCACCUUCUUUAUCCUCCCUGACCAUGGGAAGAUGCACGAGGUAGAGCAGAGACUGACCUACCCAGACUUCCGCCGGAUGUUUCAACAAUUUAGCCUAAGGACGGUCAAGGUACAGAUCCCCAGACUGUUGGUGCCUGAGACCCAUGGCGUGGAGUCAGUGGUGAACCUACUAGGAAUCUCUCCUCUUUUCAAGAAGGCAGCCAUCAGCUCAGUGGCCGUGGAGGACACAGUUCAGAAGUCCUUCAAGGUGGUGAGCAAAGCUAUGCUGACCCUCGACGGAAAGGACAUAAGCACCUCUCCGAGUUCGUGUCUUAAAAAAGACGAGUGGGCUGCUGUUCCUCUCUUUCAGCUAAAUAGACCCUUCCUAAUCUUCGCCCAGGAACGAACAAACAGUAUCCCCCUCUUUUUAGGCAGGGUGGCAAUUCCCAGAAGGUGACAGCUCUUGGGUAUCAGCCUCUCUCCUGAGAACCGUGUCCCCUCCCUGAUGACAUUAAACAUGGGAUGGUUUCACUCAUAA